GGUGGGAGGGUAAAGAAACUUAGGGAGAAAGCCGCAUGUUGAGAUCUCACCUUAAGAAUUGCUUAGAAUAGAAUAAAAGCGAGAUGCUUACACCAACAUACACGCACCAAGUGAGUGAUAGAGAGCUAUAACUUUCACGUCAAUCUUUCUCAGUGUCAAAUAUUCACACAACAAUGAAUUGCUUCAUGACACUGACACACUUCACCCCUCACCCAACUCUGAUAGUACCCUCUCAACCAUUAAAGAAACACACCAUCUCGUACGUCCAAGAAAUACUCCCAACACAUUGCCAAAAACAUUAUUCCAGACUCAAUCUUACGUUGUUGGAAGUGUCACAGACACAACAUGGCCAAGAAAUCAGAUUUUGCACAGAAACUGCUGGAUGAUCUUCGGUUAAGGAAAGAACGAAUGGCUUCAUCUCAGACUCAGAGGUCAAACCAAUCCCACCAUUUGCCUAUUGAUGCAUAUGCUUACACCAAGCAGACAUACAGAGGAUCCAGAAAUACAAAAGCAAAUGAAAUUGUCAGUUCCAGAACUGGGGCUAUGCUGAAUAGUUCUAGCAGAAACCACAGAUCAGUGAACAAGGGACAAGUUUCAAAUCAGAUGGUUCCAUAUGGGAAAGGUCAGAGCUCAGGGCAAAUGGGUGAUAUGUCCCUAGCCCUGGCUUUUGCCUUUGAAAAUGGAGAAAAACUAAGGAGGACUGAUUCAAUUAUGGGUUUUCUCCAUCAAAUUAAAAGGGGAACAUUGGAAUUCAGCAUGUCAGAAGGACAACUAGCUUCAACUAGCCACUAUCCUGUGCAACUAAAUGACAUAUCCAGAGGUGCACGGAAGCUAAACCAGAUAUUGAGAACAUGCACCAAUGGUCUUAAUAUGGAUACAUAUUCAAUACAAUUUGCAAAGGAACUAUUACAAGGAGCUAUUGAUUUGGAAGAGUCCCUCAGGAUGCUAGUAGACCUGCAGAAAAAUUCACAGUUUAUGGUUACCCCACAGAAGAAAAAUCGAAUCACACUAUUAGAGGAGGAUAAUGAUGAUGAGGAUGACACAAGGAUGGAAAUGCAACUGGUGGCACCACCAACUUUCUCUUUUGACAAGCAUACUCGGGACUUGCAACAACUUGGAAAGGCUAUUUUCAUGCAGAGGCCAAUUACUCUCACCAAUUCUAAGGAAGCCAGAAACUCAAAUAAAGAAAACAAAAAUGUGAAGACACAAGUUUCUCAGAGGAGAUCAACUGCAAUUAGUUCUAUCUCUACCUCUACCUCUAACAUUAAGAAUGUCAAUGCUAUUUCAGAAGGGAAAAACCAGACAGCCUCCAACACAGAGAAGGGAAGGAUUCCAAAUGUAAUAGCCAAAUUGAUGGGAUUGGACAACCUUCCUGAAAGAGUGGAAAUGGAAUCAAAACACACGAUGCUACAGAAAACUGAAGGAAUAUCACACAAGCAUACUGCAAAAGGAAUCACUAAGAAGCCUGAACUGAAGAAAGAUAACACGGUACCUCUGAAAAAGCAAAAAGUGGUAGAAGCCUUCAAAGUGCCUGCGACACAGGGUGAAGAGGUGAUAUAUGGUCCUAAUAAAAAUUUGUUUGGCCAAAAGCCCAUCUCUGAGGUGACUGUUCAGAAUGGAAAACCACUAUGGAGGGACCUGGAUGGAAUAAAAGCAUUGAAAGGCUUUGACAAACCCAGCAUCAAAAUAGACAAGCAUACCAAAAGUUCCACUCAAAAGAACCUUAAUAGAGAAAGUCAAAAUGAUGUGGAAGAGAAAGGAAGAAAACAGGAUCACCCAAAUAACAAUAUUAGAGAACAGAAAGGAUCUGUAAAGGGCAGAACCAAUGAUCUAAUUCUUAACAACAUGCUGGCCCAGAUGGAACCAGUGCAUGAAAGAUCAGAAGUUAAAUAUUCAAUUCAGGAAGAAAAGGAAAUCAAUGGAAAUAUUGUUCAGCUGGAAAAAAGACACACAAACAAGCACAUCCUAAACAAUGAAAAGAAGCCUCGGAACAAUGUUGGAGUUCAGAAGCCGAACAUACUUUCCAAACAGCUCCAGCUAAGGGAAGAACAAAUGUUGAUGAUGAGAUCACAUGGAGGGAGUGACAUGACAUCCAAGAAUUCAUCAAAAUCCCCUCAUCAGAGGAAGCAGCUAUCUACAAACCAUGCCACAAUGUUUAAGAAAAACUCCGGAGAAAAAAAUGUUGCUGCUAUGAAAUCAGAAGGCCUUUUAACCAGUCACUAUGAUGAUCAUGAUCUAGUCAGAGAUGAAGCACCCAAUGACACAAACGAGAGAGUAAAAGAAAUUAACAAUAGAACUUCAUCAAGAGAUCAGGAAUUUGAACGAGCUAAACGAAGUGGCAUCAAAACACUGGUGGAUGAAAAACAUGUCUAUAAACUGGCCAGCAAGAAAAUAAACAACACCAGAAAGCAGAAAAUUGAUGUUCCUGGAAAGAUUGAUCAAGUGUUGACCGGUAGAAAUGGUGCAAAGCUCACAAAUAAACCAGGAAAACAACACAUUCCUACUUCUGACAAAUUCAAAGUUUUGAAUGAAGCAGAACAAGAAAGGGUUCUCACGCUUAGAGAAGUAGAUCCACACAUCAUUAGCUCCAAUGAACCAGUAGCUGUGACUCAACCAUUGGAAGUGAGGCGCCAACCCCGUAAAGAAGCUCCUAUGUUAUCUGGUUCUGGUGGUGGAGAACUUCAAAACCAACAAGAAUUGGUAGCUCGAGUUUCCAAUGAUUUGCAUUACCAAGAUGUGCAAUCGGUAGCAAUAAAUUUGAAAGGUCAGGUUGUUCCUGUGGCAGCAGAAGGAUUCAAGACUGGUGAAGUUGCAUUACAUAGAAUAAAUGGAAUUCAGGAAGACACAAUGUGUGUUAACCACUCACAACUACAAGAUCAGAAUAUUCCUGAAAUAAGCACCCAACAGCCACUAACAGAAAGUGAAAACUGCCUCAAGUGGACUCUGGUGAUGAGUCAAUUAUUCGUCAACACUGCAGAAGCGCUUUUCAGACUCAAUAUCCCGUUUAACGUUCUACAAGGUGGUGUUCUUCAGGAGAAUCAAGACCAAAGUAGCAAACUCAUAUUAGACUGUGGCUAUGAAGUGAUGAAAAGAAAGGGGAUAAGGCAGGAACUUAAAGUUCAUAACUGUUCAAAGAUAUCAAUGUGUAACAUGAACAUAAUAUCCUUAGAUGACUUGGUUAGGCAUCUGAAUAAAGACAUUGAGAAGCUUAAAUUCUACGGAAGGAAAAGAAGUUGCCAAGUUGAUGGUGAUGACUACCUGUCUAAAAUGCUUGAACAUGACGUUUAUGACAAAGAUCCAGAUAUAGAUUGCAUGUGGGAUAUAGGUUGGAAUGACGAGACAUUUGCAUUCAUUGAAAAAUAUGAUGUUAUAAGGGAUACAGAAAAACAUAUCCUUAGUGUUCUUCUGGAUGAGAUCACAGUAGAUUUUUGCUUGUUCAAGGAGGAUUCAAUAUGAUACUGAACGGAACAAAGAGAGCCAAGGAGGGAGGGGGGAUAAAGUUUUUCAUGUGUACUUUUUUAAUGCAAUUUUGUGCUUUGUAAAUUAUAAGCACGAGGAUUUGAUUACUGCAAGUUUUCAUUUGAUGAUUUCUAGCUUUAGAAAUUCAUUCUGGUUUU